AGAUUUCUUCUUGACCGACCGACUUUCAUCUUUACCCUUUCUCUCCCUCUCUUUCCCAUGCCGUUGUCUCGGCCAGCAAUCCUCCCUUGUCCAUGUGGGAGAAUUGCGAUGAGGCCCGGCCUCCGGCCGGCCAAGAUCCCGACAUCGUCGGUCUAGGGACUUUGAUUGCCUGUGCAGGCUCCGCGUGCGUCGCGGUCUUGUGCUUGCUGAUCCAAUACUUAUUCUUCUAUUUCCCCCGAACUCAGGACGAGCAACAAUCACGUGUUGCGAAUCCAAUCGACAUAUUACUAUUGGGUGGGCUCAGGAAGCCUUUUGAGUUCUUGGGGUUCAAGUUUGGUUCUUUAAGGCCACAGCGCGAGAGGCGUUGGUGGCCGGCAGCCUUCGAUCAAUAUGUCGCGGCUGUGGGUGAUGUCCAGCUCGCGAUGGGAUUCGCAGUCCUCGCGUAUGGCUACGUUUCCAUGUUCGAGCAAGGCUUAUCAGUGUAUCACUGGUGGCUCAUCGUAGGACUAGUUUGGUUCUCGGUUGUAGCAAAUCUAGCAACAACUUCGUACCUACGUCACUACUAUGUCAACAGAGACCCAGGCGAGCGGUGGUGGAGGGGGUUCUUGCUUUUCUGUCUGAUCGCGAUGGUCACGGUUUCCAUGGUGCCAAUUUACCAGAUGAAAGAGAGGCUUGCUGAUGAGCAUGACGAGGAUAUUCAGCGCAAGUUACUUACAACUACGAACGUGCUUUGCUACAUACCCGGACGUGGCGCAAAUCUCGAUACGCCGCAGUUUCGAUCCCACAUUGCCCUCAUAGGGAUCGCUGUUGUCAUUGGACUACUGAUCAUUGGCAUCCUGAAGCUCUUCGAGAGGCCUGGCAGCAUGAUCUUUAGGUGGCGCGACCAUUACCGAGGCGAGAUGCAGCAGUCGUUCUUUGGAGAUGGGGAUAGCAUUAUAACCUGUAUUCGGUGCGAGCAGCGACACAUGCUCUUGGUGGUCCGGCCUAUCCUGGCAUUCUGGCUCGUUUUGCGAAUCUACGCCGAUCUCUUGAACUCGGUGCUGACUGAAGUCCUAUGUACCAUGGCGACCCUUGCCUGGGUUGUUGUGCGAUUUAUCGACAUCUUGCGUCUAGGCGGUACGAUCGAAGCCGAUAUUUACAACUGGAGUUUUGGUCAGAUAGCCGCGCUCGCCUUCUUCGCGGCACCUCUCGGAUCGCUAGCAGCUUGCUUUAUAGGCUCCCUUGGAAGAAUCAGAUAUAGGCAAAUUUUCAGACUUCCCCGAUUCCCCAGGAUACCGAGGCCGAGGAUUUGGCGCCCGAGGUGGAGAUUUGGUAAAAAGAAGCAACCCGAACAGCAGGCAGAAAUUGACCCCGAGCAACCCCCAGAAGUUGUUGCGGAACCAUCCGGCAGCCAAUCAGAACCAUCGCCUCCUGAACGAUCAGGUGAGGGGCAUCACCCUAACAUUACUGAAACUAGUGACGAGGGACGCGAAGAGAGAAGCAAUCCCGAAAGCGAAGAAGACGAUCCAAAUAGAAUAUACGACUUGGGCACCUACAGAGUGCUCCUGUCGCCCCGCUUCGUCAUUGCAUUACCUCUUGCCGGCUUCUCGAACUUACUGUAUCUCGUCCUACUCUUGGUCCUACCGAAAGUCUCCGAUUACCCGUUAACCGCAGAUGUUUUAUGGCGAACGCUCUUCUGGUACGUUAUCUACCAGCCAUUGCUCCUCUUCGCAUUCUUCCUCUCCGGCAUGAUCGUGGAAGAGAGGAUUGUGCGAGAGGGACGAAUGCUCUGCGCCUACCGGAUCAUCGGUGCGAUAACGGCGGUACUAUCCACCGUUGCCAUCCUAGACACUUUGUACGGUCUCGGCGGCAUCCCAAUGUCAUACAUAGGCCUGGGAACACUCGGCCUAGUCUUGCUAGUCUACCUCCUAUAUGGCCUCGUGGCCCGGCCCGGCCCCCUGGCGAAAGGCAAAGGCCCAAGCAGAUACCCUCGAGGCGGCGCAGGUGGGGACGUCGAGGAAGGCCAGCCGCUCCUCGCCGAACCCAGGAGGUCUUUCUCGGACGUCCGCAUCUUCCCCGUCCGUAAGCAAAAACGGUGGCAUGGCCCCUCGCGCAGACCUCGGAACGGAGGGAGGAGAGGAGGGUACGGGACUAUCAGUUGAAGUUGAGCCUACAAAAACCCAAAAGAAAAAAAGAACAUGCAUGAUUGAUUGGCUAGCGACAGGAAAGACAAAUUCCAUCAUGGAUUUUCCAUAAAA